AUGUUUGAAGGAAGUCCAGUUGACAAAGGAAGGUUCCAGCAGCUAGUCGGGCAGCCAAACCUAACCUACCUCUCACAUACCAAACCUAAUAUUGCUUUUGCAAUAAGUCUGGUCAGUCAAUAUAUGCAUGAUCGAUGUCAAGGACAUCUCAAUGCUAUAUACAAAAUUCUGAGGUAUCGAAAGCAAACACCAGGAAAAGGUCUUUUCUUCAAAAAGAAAACCAAGAGGAAGGUCGGAGUAUUCACAGAUGCAGAUUGGGUUGGGUCAGUUGAUGAUAGAAAGUCUACAUCUGGGUAUUGCACAAUUAUAUCGAGAAAGGUGGUGACAUGGAAAAGUAAAAAACAAACAGUGGUUGCAAGAAGUAGUGUAGAAGCCAAGUGUAGAGCCAUGGCCCAUGGAGUGUGCAAAUCAAUAUGGAUUAAACGCCUAUUAGGGGAAUUGAAGAUUGAAUAUGAAGCCCCCAUCAGCUCUAGUAUGAUAAUCAGUCUACGAUCAGUAUUGCACAUAACCCUAUACAUCAUGACAGAACUAAACACGUUGAAGUGGACCAUCAAAUUGAUGGAGAAACUAUCAACAUCAAAUAUGUACAAACAAAUCAAUAGUUGGCUGAUAUUAUCACAGAAGGGUUAUCCGAACGAGUCUUUGAUUUUCUAG